GGAUCUUUCUUUCCAUACCUUUCCACUUUGAAUUUCUCGUAUUUCUUACUAGUCUUUUUUUUUUCUGAAAUUUAUUUUCGAGGAUUUUGAUGUGAUUUAAACGGUAAGCCCGAUAGCAGAUUCACUGAGUUCUGUGAUUCGGUUUUCCGUUUCCCGGCUUUGCUUCAGAGCAAUUACAUCCUUUUCAUCCACCAAAUCAUAAUCCGAUUACUUCCAGGAAAUGAAUGCGCCUCUGAUCUCGUAGCGAAGGAGUAAAUUAUCCUAGAAGAUUCUGUUGUUCUACACUAACAAGGAUCUGAGAAGAACCGAUAAGGAUAUGUCUUUUGAGUUCCGAAAUUUCGAAAGGAUUCAUCUAUCAUUUAAAGGAGAAUUCACUCAAAUCACCCUGAGAAUUUGAUUUCGGAAGGACGUCUUUUCUUAAUUCGGUCGAAUUACCGGAAAAGAAUCACAUCGGGAAACGGAUUUUUGCGCCGUGGAUGGAGCAUCCUCAACCACGUCCCAGUAAAACCGAGGGACGAAAACCAACACACGACUUUCUGUCACUGUACAGUCGUUCUGAUGUCCAACAAGAUCCAAGCCCACCUUCCCCAGGAGGGCAACUCAAAACUCAUGAUUUUCUACAACCACUAGAGCGGAUAGGAAAGACCGGUGCGAAGGAAGAAUCUGUGGUUGAGAUAUCAGUUGUGGAAAGGCCGCCACGGCUAGCUUCGCCUCCUUCGGAAGAGCGUAUUCUCCCGAGAGGAAUCGGGAGUUACAGUAUAAGUCACAUGUCCUGUUUUAAUCAAACGUCGGUUCUUAAGUCAGAUAGAUCAAUAUUUACGAUUGCACGAACAAGAAAUUCAGAUAGGAAUGAUGAGAAUUCCAACUGCAAUACUUCUUAUACAGCUAAUGGUUUUACAUUGUGGGAAGAAUCUCGUGCUUUAAAAAAGGGAAAGACAAGGAAGGAGAAUAUGGGAGAAAAGCCAGAGGCAGGGCCGAAGUUGCGGCGACAGACAAAGGUGGAGGGGCCGUCACAGUCGUCUACGAACAACCACCACCGUAACAGCUUCAGCUGUCUCUCUUCCUCCGAAGCAAUGGGGCAGAACAACAAGAGCUUCGUAGAUGUUAUAACAUCCGCCAAGGGUAUUACCCUGGAAGAUGAUUUGGACGGUGAAGAAGAGUUUGUCCCAAAGAAAGAGCCCUCCGCUAUAGUCGGUACCACCCACAAAGGGGAAUUAAAGGUAAAGGUGGACGGGAAAAUCUCUGAUCAGAAGGUUAACACGCCACGGUCGAAGCAUUCUGCCACGGAACAGCGUAGAAGGAGCAAAAUCAAUGACAGAUUUCAGAUGCUGCGAGAACUCAUUCCUCUUAGUGACCAAAAGAGAGAUAAGGCAUCCUUUUUAUUUGAGGUUAUUGAGUACAUUCAGUUCUUACAGGAGAAAGUAGAGAAGUAUGAGGGGGCAUACCAAGGAUGGAAUCAUGAGCCAAGUAAAGUGAUGCCAUGGCAGAGAAACAAUCACAGGCCGGCUGAAAGUCAUGUUGAUCAAUCUCGAGUGGAUCACCAUCCUGGAAUAACCAAUCAAGCAGAACCAAGCUUCUUCACUACAGCCAAGAGUAGUACUGCAGUACAUGAAAUCCUUUCUAAAUUGGCAUCGGAUGCAGAAAACAUUCUGUCUCAGCCUCAACAACGGUUAUUUGAGACUAGAUCAGGCACUACUGGGGGCAUUACUACUAGUGAUAAGCGGAAAGAACAAGUGUUGACUGUUGAAGGUGGUACCAUUAGCAUCUCAAGUGUGUACUCCCAAAGAUUGUUGAGUACUCUGACACAAGCACUCCAGAACUCCGGAGUGGAUCUAUCGCGGGCUAGUAUCUCAGUGCAAAUUGAGCUUGGGAAACAAUCUAACAGUAGAGCGACCGAAGCACCAUCUGCCAUUAAGGAUAUUGAUGUUCCCUCUGGCAAACAAGGAACAACAUGCACUAGAGUUGCAAAUGCGGAAGACUCUGACCGAGAUUUUAAGAAGCUCAAAACAGGCAAAACCUAAUUUGACAAUGCCAUUUUUUUCUUUUUUAUUAUUAUUUAUAUAUCUUGGAGGGUUUAUUCACAUCUUCCAGUGGGAUUUAAAAUACGGUUAGAUGAUUGGAUCCACAGAUUUCCCGGAAACAUAAUGUAUUAUUUGUUCAUCUAUUUGUUGUCAUCAUCACAGAGGCUUCCAUAUUGAUGUCGAGAAGCUGCUCUUUUUUCAUGUAAGGCUUCUUCUACUCAUGUAAAGUUUAUUUCAGAACUAGUUCUCUUGACUUGUGAAGUAUUACUGGAUAAUUUAUAUAUAUCGAAAAGGGUCUGCUAUAGCCUUUUUGUUAUUUCA